UUCAGCGAAUUCAGUCUACCGGAAUUCGUCGUGGUAUUAACUUUUAUUCGUUUUAAGUCGGCGAUCGACAGUCGGCAGUUUUCUUCAUUCGUUCUCGUUGGGUUUUCUUCUUUCCCCUUAAAUUUUUUUUAAAGUUUUCAAUUCUUGAAAAGUGGUAUUCUUUCGCUGAAGAAAUUUUUACGUCGGACUUCUUUGAAAGAUAGAAGUCAAUUUGAGCUUAAGAGAAUUCUUUUGCGAUUUCGUUUUGUGUGAAAAGAAACUUCAAAUUGAAUUUUAAAGUAAAAUUUAAUACAUUUAAAAAGUGCUCACGAACGAAAGAAGAAAUCUAAUAGACAAGCAGUGUAAAAAUCUAUUGCAACAACAAACAAACUUAACUCAUAGAUCAAGUCUCCAGAAUCCAGAAUUCGCAAAAAAAUAAAGUUAAUAUCCAUGACGACAAGACCAACACAGAUUCACUGAAAUCGAAGCUAUUUCGUUACAAAAAUAUAAAAAUAUAAACAGUAAUGUAAAAAAGUAAAAAGGAGCGAGUCAAAUAGAAGUAAUAAUAAAUUUUUAUAACUAAGAAAAAAAAGGAAUUAAUAAAUAAUACAAAGUAAAAGAAGUAUAACAGUACUUAGAAUAGCAACAACAACAACAACUACUAUUACUAUAAUAGGCAUAAAUUAUCGAGUGGAAAAAAAAAUCGAAAAUAUUUUAAAAGAGCCAACACACAUAUAUAAGCUAAAAGGAAAUAGCAAACUACAAACAAAACAACAUCAACAACAGAAAAUGUCUUUUCGUGUUGUACGAAGCUCAAAAUUUCGUCACGUCUACGGUCAGGCACUGAAGCGUGAGCAAUGCUAUGACAACAUACGAGUUUCAAAAAGCAGUUGGGACUCCACAUUCUGUGCAGUGAAUCCCAAAUUCUUAGCCAUCAUUGUAGAGUCAGCUGGAGGUGGAGCAUUCAUUGUAUUACCACACAAUAAGGUGGGUCGCAUAGCUGCUGAUCAUCCAUUGGUCGGAGGCCAUAAAGGACCCGUACUCGAUAUUGCCUGGUGUCCACACAAUGAUAAUGUCAUCGCUUCCGGAUCUGAAGAUUGUGUAGUUAAGGUUUGGCAAAUUCCCGAUGGCGGUCUUUCACGCACACUUACCGAACCAGUGGUCGAUUUGGUGUUCCAUCAACGACGUGUCGGUCUUGUGCUUUGGCAUCCAUCAGCGUUGAAUGUGUUGCUAACAGCAGGCUCUGAUAAUCAGGUUGUUAUUUGGAAUGUGGGUACAGGGGAAAUACUUGUUCACAUAGACUCCCAUCCGGAUGUUGUUUAUAGUGCAUGCUUUAAUUGGGAUGGUUCAAAGUUGGUUACCACCUGUAAGGAUAAAAAGAUUCGUAUCUAUGACCCACGUAGUGGUGAAAUAGAAAGCGAAGCCCUCUGUCAUGAGGGAUCGAAAGCAACACGGGCCAUUUUUUUGCGUCAUGGUCUUAUUUUUACCACCGGAUUUAAUCGCUCAUCAGAACGUCAGUACUCGUUGCGGGCACCCGACGCUCUCAAUGAACCGAUUGUUAUGGUAGAGUUGGACACGUCGAACGGCGUGAUGUUUCCACUUUACGAUGCUGAUACGAAUUUGAUUUACCUGUGCGGUAAGGGUGAUUCAGUCAUACGAUAUUUUGAGAUAACUCCAGAGCCGCCUUUCGUUCACUACAUUAAUACAUUUCAAACGCCAGACCCUCAACGUGGUAUUGGGUUGAUGCCAAAGCGUGGCUGUGAUGUCACAACCUGCGAAAUUGCAAAAUUUUACCGGCUAAACAAUAACGGCUUAUGUCAAGUGAUCUCAAUGACAGUGCCGCGUAAAUCGGAUCUAUUCCAAGAAGAUUUAUAUCCGGACACUUUAGCUGAGGAUGCGGCACAAACAGCUGAAGAAUGGAUUGCUGGCAAUGAUGCCGAGCCGUUAACCUUUUCGCUUAAAGAUCGUGUCUCUAUUGUACAGGGUGGUUACGUAUCACAAUCGGCCAGCAAGUCACUGUCUGUGACAAAGAAAGCAAAUAUCCUCAACAAGGCCUCGGCAGGCACGUCAAAGAGUGCGAGCAGCGCAACGCUUGGCGGCAAUCAUGCUACAUCGAAUAACAACAACACGACGAGCGGGUCUGGCAUAGUGAGUGGAGUGAGUGAAAAGGAUCUGCGUGAUAUCACUGAUGAGAUACGUAAAUUAAAAGCAAUUAUCGUGAAGCAUGAGAAUCGUAUACGUGCGUUGGAGGCGGCUGUGCGUGCCCACGAUGGUGAUGAGAAUGAUUCACGACCAGCGGUAGCGUCUGCAGGCAAUGGAAAUGCCUCGUCCAAAUCGGCCGCAGAUAGUGGCACACAAAAGGAGAGCAACGACAAUAGCAGUGCCAACAAUCAGAGCCAUCCAACCACCUCGAACGAUGAUGAAUUUAAUUAAACUUAUACAUAUUAGAAAUAUUUUUAAUUAAAUAUGCUUCGUGACGCUUUAUCGAUUCAAAAUACGUUUCGUUGUAUUAAUUUUAAAGCUAUCUUUAUCGAUUUAUUAAUUUAUUUUUUAAAUAAUACAUAAUACUUAUAUAACUUUUCCACCAUUUUAAUUUUAUGAAAAACUGAUUUACACAUUUUGAUUAUUACAUGUUUAAAAUAAAAUUAUAAAUUUUAGUAUAUAUGUUGUUUGUAAAUUGGCGAUAUAUGCAUUGAUAUAAGUAUAAAUGUGCUUAUUUAGAUCUAAUGCAAAAUAGUAAAUUCAUUUUUUCAAAACAGAGAUUUGUAAAAAGGGAGAUUUGCAAGGAAAUCGCAAAAAGUUAUUUGUAUCUAAAACAACUAAAAAUAAAACAAAGAAAAAAUUUGUAAAUUACCAUUUUAAAACAAUAAUUAUAAAGUCUAUGCUUAUUUCUAAUUUACACAUACACAAACAACUCAAUUCAUUUAUGUUAGCAUGCAGGCAUUAAAAAAUAACUAAUCAUUUGAAUAUGCAUACCACGUGCAGCGCUGUUGGAAGGAAUUGAACUCACAUUACGGUGGACUUUUUGUUUUGUACAAUAAAAAAUCUUCGCUUUAUUUAAUAAUACAGCAGGCGACUUUAUUACCAGAUGAUAGCACUAGCACAACAACAAAGAAUGUCUAUGUAUAUUGUAUUUGUUUAUAGGUUUGGAGUAACGUAGAUAGUGGAAACUUUGUUAGAGUUUUGUAAAUCAAGGACGUAGUUUUUAAUAUAAAAAUUAAAUCAGCCCAAGUGCUAUAACCGGGCAGUUAUUAAGCCAUAGUGGUAUGUAUAUAAUAAAGUUCAAGAAUUCGUCAUUUAUCAUUGCUCGAAAAUUUCCGAGCACGAGCUCAAGAACCCUCUUCUAUAAUUUUAAAUUCGCCUUGAUGCAAAGUGUAAAACCCAUUGAAAUACUAAAAGAAAUUCAAAAAAAAAAUAAAUUUGGAAAUUUUCAAGCAAAGAUUUGAGCUCUUCGCUCUACUUGAUACCCGGAUAUCUAAAGCUGUAGUAUAUAAUCGAGUAUUGGCUAAAUAAGUUUUUAGAAUUUCGGCUUAAUUUUGCAAAACGUGCAUUUAGUCUGGAAAAGUGUGAAAAUGUAAAAAUAUGAAGGUCAUAUUUAAAAUUAAACGAAUUGCGAAAUAGAAGAUUACUUCUACCUUCCCUUUGAACAGGUUUUUCAUAUUGAUGUUAUAUAAAUAAAAAAAUAAUCUUGCUUCACUAGUCUGAUUGGGCUACCAUUGCGUUUUGUUAAUUUUAUACAAUAAUUUAAAAUAUGUAAUAUGUAUUAGCCUUCUUAAUGUUGUUGAUUAUAUUUAGACUGACUCCUUAUCGUGCACCUAUAUUCAAAUGUAUGAACUUUACCUUUUAUUGUACAUUUUCACUUAUAGUAGUACUUGUGUUUUUCAACUGCCGUCGCUGUUUUUUAAAUUAAUGUAAAAUAACUAAAAAUAAAAAUACGUGUUUACACUAACUAUUUUUGCUCCUUGCAAAUAUAAAAUUAAUAUUUUUUUGGCAAAAUGUGCUGACUUUCCCGACUGUAUAAAAAAAUGAAAGAUUCUAUUUGGGAAACGUAUAAAUAUAAUUGAAACCGAGAGUUAUUGAGAUAUAUGUAUGUAAACACUCGUCGGUGUAAUACUUUGUUCAAAUGAAUUUAGCUAAUGUGAAGCUAAUUAGAACGACGGAAAGUUUUUAGAAAUUCGUUGUAAAAUGUUUUAUUAAAAACUUGAAGAUACGGCCCCAAAAUUAAAUUUGAUGCAGUAACAAAGUAUUUUUAUUAAAGGAAAAACAUACAUAUUUAGAAACCCAUGGUGAAAACAGUGAUACAUAUAAUUGUAUGCCUAUUUGAAAUUUCGUCAAAGUACCGUUUAAUUUAUAAUGCAAGCCCUACUCAGUGAAGUUAUCUAAUGAAUGAAAAUUUAAGCCAAAUUAAUGUAUUUCUAUUACAUGUAUAUUUAUAAUUUUAUAUACGUAGCUAAAAAAAAAAAUAAACUUACAUGCAAAACUAAUAAAAAUAUUUGUAUAGCCAUUUUUGAUAUCGAAACAACUUACAAAUCUAUGUAAUUUUUAUACUAAGCAGAAAAACAUAAAAAAGAACAAAUAUAAAAUGUAUUUCGUUAGCAAGUAUGCAAAACAUGACAAAAAUGGUUUGUAUGUUAUGAAAUAUAUAUGUCGGCGUUAGUAAAGAAACUACUUAACUUUUUUUCUGUAGGAUAAUAAAUUUUUUUACAUUUAUAUCAUAACAAAACUUAGAUAUUUUUUUGUUCAUGAUUUACUUGAAUAUUAAUUCUGGUUUUUACUUUACUAUAAAAUUAAAUGAUAAUUCUACAGCUUUCUAUUUUUAGCCAUAUUUAAUUUUUUAUUAUUUUAUGAGUUUUUUAAAUUGACAUAAUUGUCUUGUUAUGAAAUUAUUCAAUAAAUGCAAUUGUAAUUACUUUUCA